UUGACGGAAAUAACAGCGAAGCUUUAAGUGUAAUUAAAGUAGUGUACUUAAAAUUUCAUGAUACUAUGUGAGGGAGAGAUGACAUGAAUGUUUACUGUGAUUUUUAAAGUUGGAUUUAAAAUGAUUCUAACAUUUCUCGUUGUUUUUCUUCACGAAGUCUUGGCUGCAGAGUCGGAAGAAAUUCUCCGUGAUCGCAGUGACAUUAAAGUAAAAACACCAAACUACCCAGACAACUACCCACAAAAUUCCACAAAGAUAUGGAGAUUUAAACACAACUAUGGGGUCUGGAGUGUUAGUAUCGAUCGAUUCUUCCUGGAAAAUUCUUUGGAUUGUAGAAAAGAUUUCCUGGAAAUCAAGGAAAAUAAGACAUCGGUAAAGGUUUGUGGAACAAAGCCUAGCGGUAGUCUGUACACGUCAAAAGGGCCAGAAAUUUUGCUCAAAUUUUCAUCUGAUGGUUCUCAGCAACAGAUGGGCUUUCAUCUGGAAGUUCUUCAUUUCGUCACAGAAGAUGAUAUAGAAAAGACAAUUAAUGACAGAGAAAGAAAGAGAGCCGCCAGAGCUAAUGUGACGAAGGUCGUCGAAGGGAAGCUUACGGAAUCCGUGUUGUUCCUAACACUGGUUGGUCUGCUUGGCUUGGCACUGGUCAGCUUUAUUCUGUUGAUCAUCUACUACGUUGUUAAUGUCAACAGAAAGCACCGUCGACAGAACAGUCACUACAACAGGAAUGUUGUAUUCCAGACGCCUAUCAUAGCGCAAAAGAGCCGACGCUACAGCAAGUCAAAUUCUCGCGAGGAUUCCAAAGCGGAAGUCAACAGAGACAACAGAACUCCAACGAGAUAUGUAUAAGGAGCAAAACAUGCAGAACUCUCACAUGUAUGGUUUGAUUUAAAGUGCUCCGAAAUUAGGCGUUAUUUGCAGCUAAAAUGCCAAUUGACGUUUUCUUUCUUGACAGCAACAAUAACUACUCCAAUAGAUGAUUUGUUUCUUUGAACCUAUGAUGCCAAUGGAUGGACGAUUUGUUUCUUUGAACCUAUGAUGCCAAUGGAUGGAUGAUUUGUUUCUUUGAACCUAUGAUGCCAAUGGAUGGAUGAUUUGUUUCUUUGAACCUAUAAUGCCAAUGGAUGGAUGAUUUGUUUAUUUGAACCGAUGAUGCCAAUGGAUGGAUGAUUUGUUUCUUUGAACCUAUGAUGCCAUUGAAUGGAGGAUUUGUUUGUUUUUGUUAUGUUUCUUUUAACUAUUAUAAAAGCUCGAUAUAAGUUCAACAUAUCAACAGAACAUUAUUUCUAUAUGACUGAUUGAUUGAUUGUUGGUGUUUAGCAUAACUUUCAGCGCAAUUGGCUAUGCCUUGACGGUCAGUUUUAUGGGUAGGGGAAACCCGAGUGCCCGUUGAAAAACGAACGAUCUUCAGCCGGAAAACAGUCAAUUUUAGUCAAUAAAGAUUGGAGUCGAACGCACCAGCCCCUGUGACGUAGGAUUCAUUCUGUCUACAGAAAAUGUAUAUUACGAGAAAAUGCGAUACUAUCUUUGUAACCAUACAUAAUCGCAGUCGUUACUUGUUUUUUUUUUUUUUGUAGUUUUGUAGUUAAGAAUGCACAAGUUUAUUAUUACAUUGGUUACAAUGAAUUGCCGUGAUUUCCCAAUCGAAUAACCAAUAUUUCACGUGUGAAGCGAACCAGUUUCCCUCCUUUGCUGUCAUACAACAUUAGGUAAUAUUAAAACAAGACCACACAGAAAGAGAAUACGAUCAAACUACACAUUAAUUAACAAAUGCGCGAUAUAUAUAUAAGUUAUGACCUUAGCUGUAUUUGGCAAAACAUUUCGGAAUUUUUGGAUCCUCAAUGCUCUUCAACUUCGUAAUUUAUUUGAAUUUUAUUAUUCGAGCGUCACUCAUGAGUAUUACGUAGAUGAAACGCGUGUCUGGUGCAAAUUUUCUUAUUACAGGUAUAUAUGAUGGAACGGUAGACAUAGUUUAUUCCCGUUUUUUCUUAAUAUGUUUUUUAAGGUUUUUCUUAAUUUUACUAACCAAUGAAAACAUCAAAUGUUUACUUCAUGUACAUACAUCUUGUUUCGCCUACGAGUAAUGGCCUGCGAUGGACGAUUUUUGUAAAUCUUUUUUUUUUGUCAACAUUUUCUAUGAUAGAUCGAAUUUGUUUUGACCGAAUCUCAUAUGUUUGCACAAUCGUUGAAUGAAAAUAAUAAAUGCAAUCACCCACCCUCUGAUCGUGACAAUUUCUUAGCAAAUAUAUUCCAAGAUUUUUAUUUUAAGUGUAUUCUCCCACAUUUCGUGUGAAAUAAAAAUGCUUCAAAUCAUGUGCUUAACUUUAGGAUACGGUGUAGUGUUUCGUGGAUUGUUGUCAGUCUUUUAAGAUGAGUUUUUCCUUGUAACAUAUGGGUAUCGGAGUCACCCUUGGUCAGAUUCAAACAUAUGAAGGACAAGGAAAGACUCUUGUUGUCUUUUGUCGUUUAUCCUUUUGGUCAUGCAAGGUAUUGCCAGGUUUUUUCCGACUUACAGUUUUAGAUUGACCCCUUCUUUUUUUCUCCCCUUCUUUGUUUACCAUGACAAUUCGGAUAUAUUAAAAUGAAAACAUUUUCAUUUCACUAUUGUCGUGCAAGCUAAUGCAACAUUAUAAUCAUGAAAAACCUGGUCUGUUUAUCUGUUAAGAUUUCAUGUUUAUUUUCUAUGAAAAGGUAAUGCAUGACAUACAUUAGCCGACUAUCAACUUCGACGGUUGAGAAUAUACUUAGUGGUGAAAAUUAUCAUAUUUUUUCCAAGUUUUGUAUAAGUAAUGUCUCGAGCUUGCUUUCAUCUAUAACAGUAAAAUAUUAACAUGGUGAUAUGUUCAGUGUUUUAUGAAAAGAAAUUUCAAGAUUGGAAAAAAAAGUAUUGCGCGUAUCAUUUCGCAGCUCUGAAGUAAAUUCCAUCACCAUUACAUUCUGUCUAAUAUUUUUGUAGUUUAUUUAUAAACGAAUGUAUGAAUUUUGAUUCAAUAAAUGUGAAAUAUUGA